AUUGUCAGAACCUCGACAGUCGCCAAUGAGGUUAUGUUAUGGUUAUAGAGGGCCGUUUGUUUUGUUGUGUUUACACAAAUCUAUAAUUUAGUAGAAAUGAAGAUAAACCGGCAUAAAAAAGUGAACAAAUAUUUAAAUUUUUACUGCAACAAUUUCGGUUUUCGUAAACCAUUUCAAAUUUUAAUAGAUGGCACGUUUUGUUAUGGUGCUCUUAAGAACAAACUGAACAUACAAGAGCAGUUGCCGAAAUAUCUAGGUGAUGUGAAGUUACUGACUACCCCUUGUGUCAUUGUUGAGACGGAAUUACUUGGUAAGGUAGCAUUUGGUGCGAUGAGGGUUGUAAAACAGUUCUCAGUGCAUCGUUGCAGUCAUACCAACCAACCUGUCAGCGGCUCGCAGUGCUUCCAAUCUAUGCUCGGAGAGAAUAAUCCUUCCAGAUACAUAAUAGCCACACAAGACCGAGAUCUGCAGGAGAUUGUAAGAAAUAUACCUGGAACACCACUGAUAUAUCUACACCAGAGAACUCCACAUCUGGAAGAGCCUUCUCCUCUGACGGCCAGAAUGGCUCUCGAGAAGACAAAUCAAAGGUUUGGUGUAAGUCAACUGGACAGCAUGAAACUGUCUGCCUUGAAAACUGCAACUUUUGGUGAAGAAACGAAAGUUACUUCAAAGAAGAGAAAGAUGAAAGGAGGUCCGAACCCUUUGUCUUGCAAGAAAAAGAAGAAGUCUCUUGCAGGAAAUAAAGAACCGAUCACAACGGAAAAUUCAGACAAACCACGCAGAAAGAGGAAAAGAAUAAAACUAGCAAAACAUGUAAAAGAAUAUUUAAUUCAUAACUCGUGUUAAAACAGUUUUUAUCGUAAUAAAGUUUUUACAUUAUA